AUGCAGGCGUUUCUAAGCGACGCUGUCGACUUCUUCACUUUUCCCAAGCCUUCCGCCACCCUUUUCUACUCGCCCGUAUAUACAACACCGUCGACUGUCCGGGACGAGGCUUCUCAGGUCGAGAAGGAGGGGCGGGCAGGAGCGAGAGUCAUGGACGAGGAGGAAGCCGAAGAAGCGGAUUCAGGAGACGAGGAAGCAACUAUGCGUCCAUCCGACGAGGAAACGUCUUGUGAGGACAGCGACGCCGGCAUCAGCUCGACCGACCCCUCCCGUCGCGUCGUCCUUUUCGACGCCGACGCGACGUUCGCCUCAAAGGCCAAGUUCUUCUCGGAGGCGAAGAAGCGCAUCUAUCGUUCCUACGGCGUGACGGCCUGGAUUCACGGCGGCAGCGACUAUUCUGGCUCGAUCAGGUGCUCUCGGUGCACGAACGGCUGCACCUACAGCCUUCGCAUCGAGCGCAGGGCUGUCAACGAGGUCUGGCGGCUGUGUGCGGACAGAUGCGAUUGGGAGCACAACCACGAUAUGGAAGGCGACGAGGAGGAGCGGGCUUCCUGGAGCAGCUCGGACGACGAGGACGAGGUGGAACUCGUGGCGGAAGCGGAACAGCGGGCAAGGCUGCGCUCCAGAGCUGUUGUGCAAAACGAGCAGCCAACGUCGAGCGCGGGCACGAGCGUGCGGCGACAGAAACCGACAGGCACGUGCAAGCCGUGGUCCGCAUCCACCUCUUCCGCGACGAUGAAGAAGCUCGUCAAGGAGCGCGGCGAGAUCUUCCAGUUCCAACGGAACUGCGCUCAAAGCGCCGCGAGGCAAGCGUCAUCGGCUGCUAUCGUCAAACGACAUCUCGCGCAAUUCUCCGACGCGAACGGCGCGCCUCGAAACGCCUUCAAACACCUCAGCCGCUUCGCCGAGGAGAAUCAGAUGCCGCCUUUUCCGCUCACGCCCGCCCUCGUCGCCCUUUGGCUCUUCGACAAGUGCUCCAAGGCUGAUGGAUGGUUCAAGACUUACACCCGCGGCCUCCUCGCCAUCGCGCGCCUUCCUGCGCUCGCCGAUGAGUGGCAGACGCAGCCCUUGUAUGCGCGCUUGCUCGAGUACGACCCGGACUUCACAGCCGUCAAAGAAUUCCUCGACGAGCGUCGUCACCUUUCGACCGCCAAGGUGGGCGGGAAGAUACAGACGCCGGGUAUCGAUCCCGCCCCUAGCAAGCCUAGCGGGCGAAGCCACGAGACGGAAGGUUCCGCGAGCGGAGGUCGUGCGCGAACUUGGCGACCUUCGGAACGGAACAUCGUCGUUCCCGGACUCCCCUCUGCGAAGGACACAUACACCUCACCCAUGCAUGUCUACGAAGCCUACGUCAAGGCGCUCGUUCCCGUCUACGGCAUCUCCGUCAACAUACGCCACAUCUCGCCAGACACCGCGCACAUCAAGUGCAACCGCCAUCGUACGCGCUACUCAGUUCAACCAGACGGGAAGUGCGGCUGGCACGCGGUUGUCAAGCGAGACUCGAAGACGAAGCAGUGGCGCGUCGACUUCGACGAGUCGUGCUUCGAUCAUUCGCAUGGCCCAUGCGACGAGAUCCUCCAGGACCCGACGUGGCGGCCUAUGGUCAGGAAUCCAGAUGCCCGCAGAGCGCUUGGGAUGCCUCCUCUCGAAGAGAGCGCUCUGAAGUUGGGAAAGGCGAGUCGGGAGCAGCGUAUGUCUCACGACGAGGCGGAGGAAGCCAUGGAGGCACCGGAGAAGGAGAAGGGGAAGAAGCGGCGUGUGUGGGACGACGAGAUUGAGAUCGUUAUCUACCCGAAGGGAAAGAAGGGAGCCGGACCUGCUGUGUCGCCGUCGAAGAAGCCACGACUCGCCGCUCCUAGCGCCAAUACGACCCCUGCGCCGCAGUCGUCCUCUGCCGGCCGGCCGACCGCAUCGAAGCAGACGACCUCUACAGCUGGUCGCGACCCGUCGCCAGCCUUUCCGUCCGCUCGAGCCCUCAACGCGUUCAGCGCGCCUCCGUCGUCGCGACCCGCUGUUGCGCUCAAUGCGUCCGGGACGGCGUCCCUGCUACCUUCCGCCGCCCAGCUCACAAAUGCCGACAUCUCCGCCUUCCUCGCCGGCCUCCACCCUUCUCUCGAACCGCUCGCACCGCACUUUGUCGAAGCGGGCUUGACGACGAUCGACUCGCUCGCCUCGCUCACGCUCGUCCACCCCGCCCUCAUCGACAAUACCCUCGACUUCAUACGGAGUAGGGCGGUAGCAGCAGCCCUACAAGCGCGUGAUGCGCCGCCUCCGCCUUCGGUCAUACAGCUUCGACUUCUCGCCAGGCUGCUCAAGGAGGGCGGUGGAGCCUAG